AUGAGACAGACCACUUCUCACGGCAUCAUCCGCAUCAGCCCCCUGACAAGACCAACAUGCCUAUCAACCCGAUCACCACCAAGAGUCCAAAUCCCGAUCCAGGCCCGUCAUAACUCAUCCACCAGCGAUCCUCCGAUUUCCCAAUAUGACGACAACAACCCAAACCACCACUACUGGUGGACAGCCUGCGCUCCCUCCCUUACCUCCAUCCUCCGCCACUCCCACUCCUACACCCCUUCCCAACAAUCCCUCCACAUCUCUUGGUUCCGCAACAACGUCAUCCCCAACCUCGGUCCGCGUCCCUCUUCUUCCUACCGCCUCCGUUCCCCUCUCAACUACGAAGGCUCUCCCUACCGAGCAACCUGGAACUUUUGCUCUGCCCCCGCCGGGUCUCCGUCGUCAUCCUCGGUGGCAGGGACACUGAGGUUCAGUUUCGACCCAAUACCUGCCACUGGAAGCAUCAAAAAAGACCCGACGAAUCAAGAGGAGUAUAAGCGGUUAUUCCCCUUACUUGCCAGGGAGUGUCAUGGAAAGGGGGAGACAAAGGUGGUAUUCCAGUCGAAGAUUGUCUCUAGAGGUAGUCAACUACCGCCAGAGCACGCAGCCAUCGCCAUCGGAUGCGUAGGCGAGAAGAGGGUGUUGAAACCCUACUUUUUUGCAGGGCCGAAAAGUAUGGUGACGGGGUUGUCCCCUCAUCAAGUUCUCUUUUCCGCGCUGAGAGCCAUCCGGACAAAGGCCGAGGAAUUGAAACCCGCUAUUGAUCUAGUUGAAGACUACGUCGCUUCCAGAAAGGCGGUGAUGAUGCCCAACUGCAUCGGCAUCGACGCCGUCUCUCCCGACCAAGGCGCGCGAGUGAAACUUUACACCCUCAUACCCAGCAACGCCUUUUGCGUGAUGCGCGACGCGAUCACACUCGGUGGCCGCUUGACCUCCCCCGAAGCGAUGCGUGGCGUGGGAAUUCUGAGGGGCAUCUACCACCUCUUGCGCGGGGACAGAUCACCGAUAAAUGACGCAACGGAAAACAUGAGCAAGCCCUGUCGGUAUGAGAGUAAGAGUAAUAGCUACUGGAAGGGGUUCACCAGCUAUGAGAUGCGUCCGGGGAGGGAGGAGCCGGAGGUGAAGGUGUAUGUGCCGCUGAUGCAGAUUUUUGAGACGGAGCAAGCGGUAAUUGAGGGCUUGGAAGAGGUGUGGAGGGGGUUUGGAUGGGGAGAGUUGGGGAAGGGGGGGUAUGGGGAGGCGAUUAGGGAGGCUUUUCCGCAUGUGGAUUUCAAGCAGGCUCCGGGGACACAUACUUGGGUGUCAUUCUCCUAUUCGGAUCGGACGGGGCCGUACACGACGGUUUAUCUGGCACCCAGGUUCCAGGAGGCGUAUGAUCAUGGCUUCGCGCAGGAUGAGAUUUGA